CCGAGAAUCAUGGCGGAGCCGAGUGACGGAGGCGGCCUCGGCUGAGCUUCAGGCCGUUACGACAGGACAUUUACGUGGUCGUGUACCGCCGCGUUAAGAGGACACUGUCUGUGGAAGUGCGCCGAGGUUAGUCUCCCGCGAGGAAUAUACUGGGGGUUUUAUCCUCCGAACGCGAGUCGACCUGGCAGCCACAAUAACAGUCGGCCAUGAUGAACGGGGAAGUUGUGUCUCACUCCGUCACGGUCUUCAGCUGCUCCAGGUCAGGAGUCCAUAACGAGAAGAUGAGCUUCAGGCUGACGCAGGAGGGGACGUCCUCCCCCGUCUGCUCGCUGCUCAACGAAGCUCCGACUCAGGCCCAGAGCCGGGCAGCAGAUCCAACAGAAACGGAGAGCUCCUUCAGCCGGCGCUCACCCUGCUGGUCUGCUGAGCAUCUGACACCUCCGCUGCUCCACCGUGCACAGGUCUGCCUUCGCCCGCCUCCUGAGCUUCCCGUGUCUCUCUGUAACGGCUUCUCGCACUCUCUUCUCCACGCCAACAACAACAACGGCAGCGCGCUCUACAGCCGCCAGAGGAGAGGAGCCCGGGCCAAGGUCGCCGGGAAGAGGGCCACACGAGGAAUGGUGAAAGGAGCAAACUCCCAGAACAGAAAAGUUACCGACUUCUUUCCAAUCAGACGAAGCUCGAGAAAAAGUAAAACAGAACUGAAGUGUGAAGAGAAGAAGCUGAUCGACGACCUCAUCACAAACGGCAUCGAGGAGGGAAUGGAGGUGCAGCACGUAGAAGGAAAGGGGAGGGCCGUGUUCGCCACUCGGUGUUUCCAAAAAGGCGAUUACGUUGUGGAAUACCACGGAGACCUGCUGCAGAUCACUGACGCGAAGAAGAGGGAGGCCGAGUACGCUCAGAACCCCGCCACAGGCUGCUACAUGUACUACUUCCAGUACCUCUGCAAAACAUACUGCGUGGACGCCACAAAAGAGACGGGUCGAAUGGGUCGGCUAAUAAACCACAGCAAAACCGGGAACUGUCAGACCAAACUCCACGACAUCAACAGCGUUCCUCACCUCAUCCUCGUCGCCUCCAGAGACAUCGACAAGGGGGAGGAGUUACUUUACGACUACGGCGAUCGCAGCAAAGCAUCCAUCGCUGCCCACCCUUGGCUCAAGUACUGAUUUGGGGGUUUUCUCAAACAAGACUCAGUAAAGGGAAGUGUUUUUAACUAGUGUACAAAAAGCCUU